GUCCAGUGUAAAGGGGGCUUAAAGAAGUACAACAGAACAAAUAAUGUUCACAUUUUGCUUACAGGGUUCUAUUCGUCUCCACACACAUCUUACUAAAUUGAAUAUUAAUACCGUGCAUAUAAUUUCUUAAACCACUAUCCCUUCCUGGAAGCAAAUUGUUUGGAAAUUUACACGCGAUAGAUGGGGAUUUCCUGGUUAAUUUGCAAUUUUCAAUAAUAGAAAACAAAUGAUGUGAGUUAUAUUGGAGUCGUUAGAUUUGGCAUCGGUUCAAGUGUAUGUAUACAUAACAACUGUAAUGUAAAUGUACUGAUAAAAGACGAUCAUGUCAAAAUCAACUAAAACGAAAGUAAGUUUAAACAACAGAGUGUAACUCUUUAAACAACAUGCGCUACAAGCACAAUGGUACCUGCUAAAAACGAAAGUUAGUCAUAGUUUUUAUUAGACCACAAAAAAUAUUAUGAAUAGUAUGCUCCCAAUAUAAGACUUCUCAUAUCCAGUAUCAGGCAAUACUAGGACUGCUGUUUUACGAGUACUAUGUCCAGUAACUGUAUUAAGUGUACGGUGGUCGGGGACGGCGCCGUGGGGAAAACAUCCCUGUUGGUCACCUACAGUACAGGCUCGUUUCCCACGGAUUACGUACCUACAAUUUUUGACAGUUAUGCAGUAAAUGUGGAGAUAAAAGGACGUGCUGGCCCAUUUAAACUGAGCUUGUUUGAUUCCGCGGGACAGGAAGAAUAUGAUCGCAUCAGACGGCUGACCUACCACAACACUGACGUGUUCUUGGUGUGCUUCUCUGUUGUUAAACCAGAGUCAGCCCAAAACAUAGAACUUAAGUGGGUAAAAGAACUGAAGCAGUACAUGCCCGGAACACCAUUUAUUUUAGUCGGAACUCAGGUGGAUUUACGAGAGGAUAGCAAAACCCUCAGAAAAUUGCAGAAGAAAAAUCAAAAGCCAAUAUCAAGCAGCGUUGGAAAAAAUAUCGCCAAAAAAGUUGGAGCUCAGAAAUAUAUCGAAUGUUCAGCUUUUCGACAAACGGGCAUCAAAAACGUUUUCGACGAAGCCAUUGUUACUGGUUGUUGUAAAGAUGAUGACAUCGAGGAACGCGGACAUCACUUCCUGAGGAGAAUUCGUUCUUUUCGACUUCCUUCCUUGAAAAACCGCUUCUCUGAGCUGGCAGGCAAUGUGCGAAGCGGCUUUGACAGUGUUCGCACCCGCUUUUGGUAAUGACACAGUGCUAUCAAAACCUGAUUGUGACAUGUCUCAACUGUAGCAAUGAGCUUUUAUUUUGUCUGUUUAUUUUCAUUGACUGUAACUUAUUACUUCAUAAAUAAGGACAAUCCAUUCGGAAGGAGUCAAGUUCAAUCUAAUGAGCAGAUUCAUGUUUCAAAAACUUUAAAAUGUUGCAAGUUUUUCUGACAUUUUUCACCUGGAAGAGGGAAAAAUUAUUCUUAUUAAUCCUUUCUGAUAUACUUGCUCCGCCAGGGUGAUGGCAGUCCUUUUUGAGGGAAAUAAUUUAUUUCUGUUUGCUUAUAUUACAUUACACAAUGUGGAUUGUUUUGUACUGUUUGGCUGAAAAUUUUAUCUGACCCCAGUUUACUUUCAUCAAUAAUUAACCCUCAACUAACUGAUAAUUACUGGCAAUUACGAAUGCUGGUUUGUUCGCAGCAAUCAGGAGAAACACGACCGCUGUGAUUGGGAAUAUCACCUCAAAUUUCAAAACAUAUAUUUGCAUUUUACAAUAGAAAAUAACAUCAAUUCUGUGUUGAUCAAAUAGUCAAUCAAUUAUCAACACCAUUACACAUAAUAUUUAGUAAACCGAUAAGAUAUUUUGUCUAGGUAACCGAAGCCACAGUUUAUCAUUAUUUCUUUUUCUUAAAAGACUUUAAUUAUAUUUACCGAUAUUUUACUACAUUAAUUGCUUUUUUGGUACGUUAUUUCAGGAAAUGCAACUUAAUCUGAUGCUGUAUAUUCAAUCAUAUGUAAGAAUUUAAAAUGGAAAAUAAAGUGAAUAUAACCCUUAAAGAUAAAAUAACGUUGUCUAUUAGACGCUUAGAUCGUAGAUGUCUUACCAUGUGCUACUGACAUUAAAUUGAUUAACGUAAUAGUUAGCAUUAAAAAAUAGUAGGCACCUAUAUCAUCAUUUCAAAUCCAUGUUUUUAAAAGAAAAUAUUUACUUUAGUUUAUAUAGGCUACCUAUUUCCUUUUUUUAACUUAAGACAAAUUAGCAAUAAUAUUCCAAUAAAUUGAUCCCUUCUGCAUUUUCUGCAUCCAAAGCAGGGUAGUUUUAAAAGUAAUUCAUAUGCGUUUGCACACAUUGAUACUGAUAACAAAAAUAUUGAUAACUUACCUUGCAAUAAU